GUAAUCUCUACAGCAGGCACAUCCAGAUAGAUGGAGAGAUGUUGGCUAUUCAAGUGCAAGAUACUCCAGGAGUUCAGAUCCAUGAACACAGUCUGGAUUGUAAUGAGCAGUUGAACAGAUGCAUUCGCUGGGCAGAUGCCCUGGUGAUUGUCUUCUCCAUCACAGACUAUAAGAGCUAUGAACUACUCAGUCACCUUUACCAUCAUGUUCGACAGUUGCAUCCAGGAAAUGCAGUCCCCGUUGUCAUCGUUGCAAACAAAGCUGAUCUCUUGCAUAUCAAAGAGGUGGAACCUCAGCAUGGACUUCAGCUGGCCAACAUGCUGGGCUGUACUUUCUAUGAAGUAUCUGUCAGCGAAAACUAUAACGAUGUCUUCAAUGCCUUCCAUCUCCUCUGUAAAGAAGUCAGUAAACAGCAAACAACCAGCACCCCUGAGAGGAGGAGAACCUCUCUUAUUCCACGGCCAAAAUCGCCCAACAUGCAGGAUCUGAAGAGAAGGUUUAAGCAAGCUUUGUCUGCCAAAGUGAGGACUGUCACUUCUGUUUGACAGCAGAGCCAUUGGUCUUCCCAACGUUUAGCCUGAGGUUGAAACCUGGGGUGUUUAACACUGGCACAUCUAGAGUCUGAGGCAUUGUGAAAGAAGGCUGGUUCAGGUAGCCUUUUGCAUGGCUGUAAAAACAAGCAGUUGCUUAAAAAAGGAAUAGUGGCAGACUGAAAAAAAAACAAAAACAAAAACACCACCACCACCAAAAACUCUUGAAAUAGUUCUAUGAUGUGACUUGUAGAACAAGUGUUUUCAUGUGGAAAAGAAACUUUCCAGUAAAUGAAACAAGCCUUCAGUUUGCCUUUUCUCCAGUGGGACAGAUUUAACUUAAUGCUUUUGCAGAAGUAACCUUCUAGCU